AGAAGAGGCGGGGGCUUCCUGCUUCUGCCUCCUUGGGCAGAAGCAGUGACCACAGGCCCCCAUGGCAGGCAGGGCGAGUGGGAGGAGGGUGAUUUACAAGGCAGAUGGGUCUCUGGCUAGAGCUCAGCCCUGCACUCAGCCAGGGCCACCCCAGGGGCUAUAAGAGCACCUAGAUUUCUGGAGCAGCUCAGGGACGGGUGCCACGUGAGCCCAGCUUGGCUCCCCCUCCUGGCUGGCCUCCUUCCUGCCCUUCUUCUGCCCGCCUGUGUCUGCCCAGACUCUCCAAAGAGGAACAGUUGGCACCAUGUCUCUGCUCAACCCUGUGCUGCUGCCCCCCAGGGUGAAGGCCUAUCUGAGCCAAGGGGAGCGCUUCAUCAAAUGGGAUGAUGAAACUACAAUUGCCUCUCCAGUUAUCCUCCGUGUGGAUCCUAAGGGCUACUACUUAUACUGGACAUAUCAAAGCAAGGAGAUGGAGUUUCUGGAUAUCACCAGCAUCCGGGACACUCGCUUUGGGAAGUUUGCCAAGAUGCCCAAGAGCCAGAAGCUCCGGGACGUCUUCAACAUGGACUUUCCUGACAACAGCUUCCUGCUGAAGACGCUCACCGUGGUGUCUGGCCCGGACAUGGUGGACCUCACCUUCCACAACUUUGUCUCCUACAAGGAGAACGUGGGCAAGGUCUGGGCUGAGGACAUACUGGCCCUAGUCAAGCAUCCGCUGACGGCCAACGCCUCCCGCAGCACCUUCCUGGACAAGAUCCUCGUGAAGCUCAAGAUGCAGCUCAACUCUGAAGGGAAGAUUCCAGUGAAGAACUUUUUCCAGAUGUUUCCUGCUGACCGCAAGCGGGUGGAAGCUGCUCUCAGUGCCUGCCACCUCCCUAAAGGCAAGAAUGACGCCAUCAAUCCUGAGGACUUCCCAGAACCUGUCUACAAGAGUUUCCUCAUGAGCCUCUGUCCUCGGCCAGAAAUAGAUGAGAUCUUCACUUCUUACCAUGCUAAGGCCAAACCCUACAUGACGAAGGAGCAUCUGACCAAAUUCAUCAACCAGAAACAGCGGGACUCCCGGCUUAACUCCCUGCUGUUCCCGCCAGCACGGCCUGACCAGGUGCAGGGCCUCAUCGACAAGUAUGAGCCCAGUGGCAUCAAUGUGCAGAGGGGCCAGUUGUCACCUGAGGGCAUGGUCUGGUUUCUCUGUGGGCCGGAGAACAGUGUGCUGGCCCAGGACAAGCUGCUGCUCCACCACGACAUGACACAGCCACUCAAUCAUUACUUCAUCAACUCGUCCCACAACACCUACCUGACAGCCGGCCAGUUCUCAGGCCUCUCCUCGGCUGAGAUGUACCGCCAGGUGCUGCUGUCCGGCUGCCGUUGCGUGGAGCUAGAUUGCUGGAAGGGGAAACCCCCUGACGAGGAGCCCAUUAUCACCCACGGCUUCACCAUGACCACAGACAUCUUCUUCAAAGAAGCAAUUGAGGCUAUUGCAGAAAGCGCCUUUAAGACCUCCCCAUAUCCUAUCAUCCUGUCGUUUGAGAACCAUGUGGACUCACCCCGCCAGCAGGCUAAGAUGGCUGAGUACUGCCGGACGAUCUUUGGGGAUAUGCUGCUCACAGAGCCCCUGGAAAAGUUCCCACUGAAACCAGGUGUCCCCCUGCCCAGCCCUGAGGAUCUCAGGGGCAAGAUCCUCAUCAAGAACAAGAAGAACCAGUUUUCCAGCCCCACCUCCUCCAGUAAGGAUCCUGGGGGGGAGGCUGAGGGCAGCAGCCCACGCAGUGCCCCUGCAGGUGAGGGCACAGUGUGGGCUGGCGAGGAAGGGACUGAGCUGGAGGACGAGGAGGUGGAAGAGGAAGAGGAGGAGGAGUCAGGAAACCUGGACGAAGAAGAGAUUAAGAAGAUGCAGUCGGAUGAGGGCACAGCGGGCCUGGAAGUGACGGCUUAUGAGGAGAUGUCCAGCCUAGUCAAUUACAUUCAGCCCACCAAGUUCAUCUCCUUUGAGUUCUCUGCUCAAAAGAACCGAAGUUAUGUCAUCUCGUCCUUCACAGAACUCAAGGCAUAUGACCUGCUCUCCAAGGCCUCGGUGCAGUUUGUGGACUACAACAAGCGCCAGAUGAGCCGCAUUUACCCCAAGGGAACCCGCAUGGACUCCUCCAACUACAUGCCCCAGAUGUUCUGGAAUGCUGGAUGCCAGAUGGUUGCCCUCAACUUCCAGACGAUGGACUUGCCCAUGCAGCAGAACAUGGCAGUGUUUGAGUUCAAUGGGCAGAGCGGCUACCUCCUCAAGCACGAGUUCAUGCGCCGGCCGGACAAGCAGUUCAACCCCUUCUCAGUGGACCGCAUCGACGUGGUGGUGGCCACCACCCUUUCUAUCACGGUGAUCUCUGGGCAGUUCCUGUCAGAACGCAGCGUGCGCACCUAUGUGGAAGUGGAGCUGUUUGGCCUUCCUGGGGACCCCAAGAGGCGCUACCGCACUAAGCUGUCACCCAGUACCAAUUCCAUCAAUCCUGUCUGGAAGGAGGAGCCCUUUGUCUUUGAGAAGAUCUUGAUGCCUGAGCUGGCCUCUCUCAGGGUGGCUGUGAUGGAGGAAGGCAACAAGUUUCUUGGACACCGCAUCAUCCCCAUCAAUGCCCUAAAUUCUGGGUACCACCACCUGUGCCUACACAGUGAGAGCAACAUGCCCCUCACCAUGCCUGCGCUCUUCGUCUUCCUGGAGAUGAAGGACUACGUACCUGGUGCCUGGGCAGAUCUCACUGUGGCCCUCGCCAACCCCAUCAAGUUCUUCAAUGCCCAUGACAAGAGGUCUGUGGUUGCCUCCUGGCUGCCCAGGCCUCACCAAGAGCUCGGCCUUUUGUGGGAGAGGAUGGGGGGAGGGGCGAGUCCCAGGCUCGGGGAGAGAGGGCUGUCAAACCCUUCGCUUCUAACUGCUGCCUCCUACACGAGCCCUUCCACUGGCGGUCCCAGCAUUGCAGCCAGUCAAUGGUGCGUUGCCCCAAGGAGCUCAAUGGUACCAGCCUGGGGCGGUGGGCUCCUCUGGGGGUUGGACGCGGGCGGCGGGCUGGCUGGUGGUGUUGCCUCAGUCGGGCUGUCUGCAGAGCCACGGACCGCCAGCCUGGAGGAGCUCCGGGAGCUAAAGGGCGUCGUGAAGCUGCAGCGGCGGCACGAGAAGGAGCUGCGGGAGUUGGAGCGGCGCGGAGCGCGGCGCUGGGAGGAGCUGCUGCAGCGGGGCGCGGCGCAGCUGGCCGAGCUCGGGCCACGGGGCGCGGGGGGUGGCGGGGCCGGCGGGGCCGGCAAGCUCGGCCCGGGCAAAGGCUCUCGCAAGAAGAGGAGCCUGCCUUGCGAGGAGAGCGCCGGAGCCGCGCCGGGCGAGAGCCCUGAGGGCAUGGACGCGCGCGUGCGGGAGCUGAAGGACAGGCUGGAGCUGGAGCUGCUGCGGCAGGGCGAGGAGCAGUACGAGUGCGUUCUGAAGCGCAAGGAGCAGCAAGCGGCCGAGCAAAUCUCCAAAAUGAUGGAGCUGGCCAGAGAGAAACAGGCGGCAGAGCUGAAGGCCCUGAAGGAGACGGCGGAGAUCGACACCAAAGAGAUGAAGAAAAAGCUGGAGACCAAGAGACUGGAGCGGAUCCAGGGCAUGACCAAAGUCACCACAGAUAAGAUGGCCCAGGAGAGGUUGAAGAGAGAGAUUAACAACUCCCACAUCCAGGAAGUAGUGCAGGUGAUCAAGCAGAUGACAGAGAACUUGGAGAAGCACCAGGAGAAGCUGGAAGAGAAGCAGGCUGCUUGCCUGGAACAGAUACGGGAGAUGGAAAAGCAGUUCCAGAAGGAGGCGCUGGCAGAGUACGAGGCCAGGAUGAAGGGUCUGGAGGCAGAGGUGAAGGAGUCGGUGAGGGCCUGCUUCAGGACCUGCUUUCCCUCUGAGACCAAGGACAAGCCUGAGAGGGACUGCGAGUGCCCCCCAGAGCUGUGUGAGCAGGACCCAGUCGUAGCAAAGACAGAUGUCCAGGAGAGCCGCCUUUGAUGCCUCCAUCCCACUGGGACAUUUAGCAAGGAUGUUCAGCCCCUUCUCUGGGAUGUGCUUCUAUUCCCCCAGGAAAAAGGAGCCCCAGCCUUCUGAGGCUGUGGGAACCUGUGGCUGCCUUGGACGCUGCAGCCCCCUCCUCAACGGCCAGGUCGGAGGCCGAGACAGGACCUAGGCACCCUCACAGCAGCGCCUCUGGGGCCUAGAAGUCUUCGCAAGCUGACUUCCUACCCCCACAUCUCUAGAUAAGUGUCAUAUAUUUGUUGAAGGCAAAAGACUAUGGACUUGGAGGCAGAAAGUGGGGUCCUGGCUCCGCUCUGCCUUUCCUAUUGAGCAACCAGCGGUACCCCACUCUGGGCUCAGUUUCCUCACCUGGAGGGUUGGACCCACCCACCUGGAACCUCCACUCUAGCCCCAAACCCUCCUGCCCCAAUGUUAGCAGCUCUGCCAGGCUUCCAGGCCCCAUCAGGCCUGCCCUGAGUUGGCCUUGUCCACUCCUAGAGGCAGAGCCUGGCACUACCUCACAGCUCCCUGGGGACGGCCACUCCCCGGCUGAGGGCCCUCCCCUCCCCUCUGCCUGUCCAGAACAGGAGGCUGAAAUGGAAAAGCUGCCUCAGCCCUGCUUGGCUGAGUCACGAGGGGCAGUGGCCUCUCGGGUGCUCUUCCACCCUGAACCUGGCUCACCCCUCUUCCUAGACCUGGGGGCAGACUGUUCCUAGCACGUACCCCUCUCAGGCUGCCUGCCUGACAAUGUCAGCAUCAUUUGCUCUCCUGAAUUUAUGAGGUUUAUUUAUUUUUCUCCUUCCUGCUCCUAUUAAAGAACCUCAUCCCAGUG